AAAAUGUAUGUUUUUCUAGACUUCUUUUUUCUCUGAGUGUUCUUUUUUUUUAAAUUGGUAUUAUUGACUUGUUUAUUGUACAGUGAACAAUACAGAGGCUAGAAAAUAUAAUUAAUUAUGUUAGAAGGUAUUUUCUGAUGGAAAGAUUAUCAAUUGACCAACCUCAAAAGUUGUCAUCUUGAGUCAGAGAAAAUCACCUAAAAAUACACAAAAUUCAAUUGUAUAUAAUUUUUAGUGCCUGUAAGGGUUAUGUUGUCUCUGGUUGUUUUUGUUUGUUUUUAAUGCUCCUUUUUAAAAAUUUCUAUCUUCCUUUGUAGCCUCUUUUUUCCUCUAAGUUGCGUUUUUCUCUUUGUUUUGGUCCGCUUUUCACAGCAAAUGCUCUCUUGAGUUUCUGGUGAUCGUUGGCUCUCUUCUCAUAUUAAGGAGCAGGCCAUUGAAAAGCUACUUGAGAGCUCUGGACUUAAAUUGGAUGAACCUCCGGGAUGCCGAGACAGGGAAGAUACUCUGGCAAGGAACAGAAGACCUGUCAGUCCCUGGAGUGGAGCAUGAAGCCCGUGUUCCCAAGAAAAUCCUCAAGUGCAAGGCAGUGUCUCGAGAAUUGAACUUCUCUUCAGCAGAGCAAAUGGAAAAAUUCCGCCUGGAACAAAAAGUUUACUUCAAAGGGCAAUGCCUAGAAGAGUGGUCCUUUGAGUUUGGCUUUGUGAUCCCUAACUCCACAAACACCUGGCAGUCGCUGAUAGAGGCAGCACCCGAGUCCCAGAUGAUGACCGCCAGCGUGCUAACUGGGAAUGUCAUCAUAGAGACAAAGUUCUUUGACGACGACCUUCUCGUAAGCACAUCCAGAGUGAGGCUUUUCUACGUCUGAGAGAAGAACGUGUUUGCUUUUCAGGAAUUUGGGGUUUUGGGGGGAAAAGAGGAAACUGUUUACUUUUUCCCUCCACACGUUUGAUUUUUGACACUUCCACCCCUAAUUCCCUGGACGGCAAAAGCCACCUGCGGCCACCAGGGGACCAGCUCUGUGUAGGUAACCAGAUGGCGUUUUCCCUCAAGCUGCCAUCUUCCACUGACCAGACCAAUUCCCCACCUCAGGCCAGGGCGGAGGGUGCGCCUCGACUCUUUCCCAGGUAAACAUGGGGCAGGCACACACCAGGAGCCAGCGCAGGAGCCGAUGCUCUUCCUGUCACCCUCCCUGCCUCCUCCUUGGGUCCUGCAGGGGACAUACCUUCCUUUGGCCCCUGGCUUUGGAAAAAUUCAUGUUCUUGACCCAUAUUUAGUCUUUUCCUACCGUUUCUAUUUCAUACAUUCUCAUACAUUUAACUUGUAAAAUAGACUGUGAUAUUAUUAUGUAAUGAAUUGAAACAUAUGAAUUAAAAUAUUCCUACAGUCUUUAGCAUGGCA